CCUCUCAAACCCUUAAAGCUUUUAAAAACCUUCUACCACUCACCAAUCUAAUCAAACUUUCAACUCGCAUAUCAUCCAUCAACUCACUCGAUACCCAAUCAUCAUCAUCAUCAUCAUCAUCAUCACCAUCAAUAACAUUCAAACUUCAACUUCAACUUCACCUCUUUCAAGAUGGCACGAGACAGACUUGCAGCUAUGCGUGCAAAUCAAGGUGUAAACUACGGCUCGGAUCCUUCACCACCCUCUGUCAACACUACAAAUGGCUAUGGUCUUGUACAACCAGACAAAGAGGCAGGUUUCAUGGAAAGCUAUGAGUUACAAGAGGGCAAAACUCUGGAUAUGCCCGCCUUUAUGAAUGAAGUCUCCUCUCUCAACGAUGGAAUCAGAUCAGUCAACGAUAAUAUCGAUCGAAUUCGAGAUCUUCAUUCACGUGCACUUUCAGAAUUAGAUGAACAACAGCAUCAUUCGAUCACCAAUCAACUCGCAACACUCACUACUGAGACAUCCAGAUUAACCAACAAUAUCAAGAAUCGAAUCAAUUCACUCAAAUCUUCUACUGAUGGUUUACCACUUGGCGGUGAUACCAACGUCCGACUUACUCAAGUUGGUGCACUGAAGAAACGUUUGAUGGACACCAUUACCAAGUAUCAAUCAGUCGAACAAGAGUCGCGUCAGAAAUACAAGCAACGAAUGGAAAGGCAAUACAAAAUUGUAAAACCUGAUGCAACACCCGAGGAGAUUAAACAAGCUGUCGAUAGUGAUGAUGGCGGACAAGUCUUCUCUCAAGCUUUGAUGACCUCGAAUCGAUACGGAGACGCGCGAGCGGCGUUCAAUGAAGUUAAAGAACGCCACGAGGAUGUGAAGAGGAUCGAGCAAACUCUGACAGAGCUUAUGCAGAUGUUCAACGAUCUUGCGACAAUGGUCGAAGAACAACACCAUGUCAUCGAGAACGUCGAGACAACCGCAGCCGAUGUGAAUAGGGAUACUGAGCAGGCCGGUCAGCACAUUACAAAGGCCAAGCAAUCAGCAGCAGCCGCUCGGAAAAAGCGUAUUAUUUGUUUCUGGCUCAUUGUUCUAAUACUAAUAAUUGCCGGUGCAAUUAUCGCAGCCGUUGUUGUGACUCAGAAUAAUAAGAAUAAUAAUAACAAAUCUACUGCGUAAUGAAGAUGACAUAGUUUUCUGCAUUUACCACUCCAUCUCUUACUUCCCCUACCCUCCCAAAGAUCUGGACGUUUUUUUUAUGUUUUUUUUUUCUUUCGUCCAAUCUUGUGAUGAUAAAUCUGUUUAACUUUUUUUUCAUCAUCUGUUUACCCCUCUGAGCUUUUCUUUCUAUGAUUUUUGAUAGAAAAGUUAUUCAUCUUACUUUAUAUGACUUUUCUCUACUUAAUUUAAUGAAAUACUUUUUUUUCCAACUUUUGGCACAAGACUUUUUCUUUUUCUUCACUUCUUUCUACAAUUGGCUCGUCUUUUGUUUUUUAAAUUUUUCGUGACUCUCAUUUUUCUUGAUUUGCUACUUUUUUUUUUGAUUGAUUGUUGAUUUUGUUGUUUGAAGAGAACUAUUAUUAAAGAAAGAGAAGCUGGUAUAAGAAGUUAUUUAGGCCUAUAACUUAAUUAUUCAUUUGAGGUUUGGAAAUUGAUGGUUUUGAUUUUGUUAACUUUGACUUCUUUUUUUUUGGAAUUUAUACUUUUCAAAUUC